AUGAACUAUAAGCAGAUGGUCAGCAUGGCAAUUAUCCAAUUUGAAUGCUUUGUCUCUGCCAUAGAACCACGAAAUCAUCGUGAAGCACUGGAAGAUGCAGAUUGGAUCAUCUCCAUGGAAGAGGAACUAGAGGAGUUCGUGAGAAACGAUGUAUGGGAGUUAGUGCCACUACCUGAUGGUGUGAACGUGGUUGGUACAAAGUGGAUCUUCAAGAACAAGACAGAUGAUGCUGGAAGUAUUGUACGAAACAAGUCAAGACUUGUUGCGCAAGGUUACUCACAAGUUGAAGGAGUCGACUUUGAUGAAACCUUUGCCCCUGUAGCUCGUCUUGAGUCUAUCAGACUGUUUCUAGGGAUGGCAUGCAUAUUGAACUUCAAGGUGUAUCAGAUGGAUGUGAAGAGUGCUUUCUUGAAUGGCAUUCUACAAGAGGAAGUAUAUGUAGCCCAACCGAAGGGUUUGAAGAUCCUACACAUCCUGAGUAUGCUACGUCAGAGGAACUGUGGACAAAACUUGUUCACACUUGAGAAGAAGAAUGAGAUGAUGAUGGUGCAGAUCUAUGUAGAUGAUAUCAUCUUUGGAGGAACUUCAGAGAAGCUGGUGGAAAACUUUGUGAAGAGUAUGACUAAGGAGUUCAAGAUGAGCAUGGUGGGAGAGUUGAAGUACUUUCUUGGACUUCAAGUGAAUCAGACUGAGAAAGGAAUUUUUAUUUCUCAAAGCACCUAUGCCAAGAAUCUACUGGUGAAGUUUGGUCUUGACAAAUGCAAGGAGGCAAGAACACCAAUGAGCACCACGACAAAGAUUGGAAAGGAUGAACAAGGAGAAGACGUUGAUGCCAAACCAAAACAGUCCCAUCUUCAAGCGGUGAAGAAGAUCUUGAGGUAUGUCAAGGGAACUGUCAAUCUGGGGAUCUUUUACUCCAAAGGAUCCAACAGAAAUCUUGCUGGAUAUUGUGACGCCGAUUGGGCAGGAUGCGCAGAUGAUCGGAAAAGCACAAGUGGAGGUUGUUUCUUCCUUGGGAACAAUCUUAUUGCUUGGCUUAGCAAGAAGCAGAAUUCUGUGUCACUAUCUACUGCAGAGGCUGAGUACAUUGCAUUGGGAAGCUGCUGCACACAGCUUAUAUGGAUGAGACAGAUGUCAGCCGAUUAUGGGAUGGAGUCUGGACCCUUCUUGGUCUACUGUGCAAGCACUCAAGGACUAAGCACAUUGACAUAA